CAACGAGGUCGGGAGAAAAAGCGGAGCCGGUCAGACAUCAUUCCUCCCUCAGCGCCUCCAGACCGUCCACACGAAGGCGAGGAGAACAAGACAAGACGCCGCUUCCUCAAACAGGAAUAUAAUUAUCUCAAUUAAUUAAAAAGAAAAAGAAAAAAGAAAAUCAACCAUGGCCGACACAGCUGUUGACAAAACCGCUACCACAGAGGUUACAGUCAAGGAGCUGAAAGAGAAGAAAGAAGUAGAAGUGAAGGAGACGACGACGACGAAGAAGAAGGAGGUGGUGGUGGUGGUGGAGGAGGAGAAGAAGAAGAAGGAGGAGGAGGAGGUGGAGAAGGAGGAGGAGGAGGAGGAGGAGAAGACGAAGAAGACCGACAACGGAGACGCACCUGCCAAUGGCACAAAUGGUGCUGAUCACAGCGACAAAGUGGAAAAACCACCAGCAGCAGAGGAGGAACACAAGAAUGGAGAUGGUAAGGCAGAGGAGGCGCCCCCUGCUGAGGAGACCGACGCAGAGCCGGUGAAGCGUGCAGCUGAAGAGGACGAGGAAAAGGUGGAGAUAAAGAAACAGAAGACGGAGGAAAAUGGAGAUUCAAAAGAGGCAGAAGUGGAGGCUUAGAUUUCUGCUCUUCUUGUUUUGCAGCACUGUCUUUCCGGCCUGGUCAUUAUCAUAGUGUAGAGCUUGUGCUUUCUGUAUCUUUGAGAGAGAUAUUUCUUUUCGUUUGCUCCCAUGUUACCACAUUGCACUGGAGUCCUGAAACAAAAGUGGCCCUGCAUCCUUUUUUUUAUGAAAUGUUAUUUAUUGGUCUUUAAAAUGAGCUUUUUUUCUACUUGUACAAAUUGGGCCACACCGCGAGAUCAGUUUAUUUCAUUUUUGAGGUUUUAUAUCGGUAUGUUAGAAGCACAAUCUCUAUGUCAGUGCUGACCAGAUGAUUCGUACUUACAGGCAGCUGCUCACCUCUAAGGCUCAUGUUGACCUCUCAGAUUCACUAAAGGGACCAAAGAUAAGUUUUAAGCAGGGGCUAAUAGACACUUGUUAGCAUUAUUAGUUGAGGCAUACCUUUUUUGUGUUGAGCUGCUGGUUAAUCCUUAGCUCGGACGCCCUGUUAACAUAACAGAUGGUGCAAAUGAAUUAAGGGGCUCUGUCUUGUGCCCCGAUGAUAAGGCUGCUUGACUCUGUUUUAUGGAGGCAGGAUUUUGCAAUGUUAAUUAACCCCUCUUAAAUCUUAACGCUUUGGUCAUUUGUUCUGUAUGCAUUCCACGCAAAUUUGUACCAUUUAUACUUUUGUUUUUCUUACGUCUUCAACGAGUUAUGUUAUUGGCUGGGUAGCCCAGUUCUUGUGUCCCAAGACUGCCUUUUUCAGAACCAGAAUGACAUUCGGUUACUUCAGCCACUGCUUUGUAUAUUCUGAUUAACAAAUAAAUUGUCUUUUUACUUAAGAA